AUGGCGUCCGUCCUCGUCCCCGUCCUCUAUCUUCUCCUCGUUUUCGGCAGUCUCCUCGUAUUCAGCUCCUGGUACAGGCACCGCAACGCCCAUAAAGCCUACGAACCGUACUUCCCCCCGCACCGCGAGCGCGACGUCUAUGUCUCGCUCAUACAGAAGACCGACCCGCCCGCGUCCGAUACGCUCCUUAAGGCCGCUCUCGUCCGCCGCGCUAUGACCGACGUGAGCCGCAUCCUCCGCAUUCGCGAGGACAAGCCUGCCCUCCAGGUCCUCCUCCAGAAGGGCUCUAUCGGAGACGACCUUUGGAACAGCCUCCUUGCCGCCGAGAAGGAGCUCGAGGCAGAGAUCCUCGAGGUCGCCGCGGAGGCGAACACCUUCGUCGAGGGCUGGGGGCAGAUCAUCUUCCAGACCGCUACAGAGAUGCUUCACAACGAGCGCAUGCGUGCUCUCCUCGAGCAGCUCCCGACAAUGCGCGCGGCCAAAGAGCGAAAAUACGGGCGAACGUCCGUACCGAAGGUUGACAACGUCCCAUCUUCAUCGGCAGCUGUCCCAUCUUCAGUAUCCACUGCUUCCAAAACUCCUGUUUCUCCUGUGCCUCCAGACACGUCUCUCCCUGCCAGCACGACAAACGGUUCGACACCUCCAGGCGCGGGCGCCGAGAGUGUCAUGAGCGACGGCGAGGGAUCGAUCUCGCCCACCUCACCUCGCACGCCGUCCAAGUCCGUGAGUGUGCUCCGCAUGACCCGUGAUAACUCACGCUCAUUUCCCACUUGCCGCAGUCCGCAAAAAAGGCGAAGAAGCGAAAAUAAAUAUACAGUUAUAAUUCCAGUCGACGUUCACAGUAGUCGUAUCGCAUAUAUGACUGAGAACGCUGUUGUCUCUCGUCUAUGCGGGCAUAUACAGUUUAGAGAAUGGCAACAGACAGAGAAAGUAUACAUGAUGAGAGAAAGCAAAGCCGAUCGAACAACCGUCCUAUCCACCACAUUGAUGUCGAGGCAAGCGCAAAGCAUUCUCAGCCUCUAA